AUGGCGCCUCAAUCUCGGAAGCGCAAGUCUGAAGCGAUGGACGAGCCGUCUCGGCCGAUGACACCCACCGGCAGCCCCGCGCGCAAGAAGCUCAAGAUUACCGAAACACAGAAGCAGGCGCUCAUUGACAACCUACAGCUUGAAAUCACGGAAAGAGCACGGAAACUUCGAGCUCACUAUGCUCUCCAAUGCGCGGAUCUGCGAUCGCGAGUCGAACGACGCGUCAAUCGCAUUCCAAUGGCCACGCGAAAGAUGACCAUGGGAGAGCUCAUGGCAAAGCACGCUGCUGCUGCCAAACCGCAACCGACACAGCCUACAAAGACGCAAGCCAGAUUUGGUCCCAUACACGAUCGACCUUUGCCCCCGCUCCCUCAAGAGCACUCUUCAAAGCCUGCAUCUCCAAUCCACAAACAAUCACCUCCUAAGGGCAAGAAGCGCAAGUCUUCACAGAUUCACAUUGCGCGCGACAAUGAGGACGUCUAUGUUAUGGAGCCCCUGCCAGUCGCUAAGAAAACUCGAACAAAUGCGGCUGCCAAUGCAGCACCCGCGAGGGCCACUUCUCGGAACGGCAAGCAGACCAACAUCUUGUCUCCACGCUCUCACAAUUCCCGUACCCUGCCAAACUCUCCCGUCAAGCAGACUUCACCGAUGAAAAGCAAUUUCUCACGACCGAUGUCUCCUCUGAAGCCAGCCUCACCUCUGAAGACUGCCGCCUCAGCCGCUAGCAGUGCUAUUACUGCCUCCAUGCAUGGUAUGAUUGAAUCCACAAAACGUGGCACUGCUGCGGCAGCUGGCAAGCUUAGCCGUACCACCUCCCGCGAAAAGACCUCGCCUUCCAAACCCACAGCGGCCAGCACAGCCAACACGCGCGGCAAGAUGUUGCCGCCACCUCGUCCAGCUGCACCACCCUCGCCUCAACGGAGCGCCAGCCAAAAUUCUAAUACAUCGGACUCGUCAGCAGUUUCCAGCGGUACCACUGUUGUGAAGCCCAAGCGUGGGACACGUGCCACUGCUGCUACCAAGGCGCCACCGGUGACGAAAGCAAGGGCUACACGAGCUGGCGCAGGGACUGCGGCAACAAAGCCCACGGCUUCUAGUGUCGCCAAAGAGAAGGCGGCAGGUGCGCCAUCCAAAGGCAAUACUCGCACUGCGAACAAGAAGGUCGUCGUUGCCGAGCCAGCCUCCGGAAGAAGAGUACUCAGAAAAAGAGAUUGA